GUGAAUACCUCGGUUAUUGUGUACAUUAAAUAGCGAGGUCGAAGGUUGGUGUGUGCAGUGUGAUAUGGCUUCUAACUACAAGAAACCAUCUUUAGGAGUGACAACUCAGAGAAAGAAACCUGUCCCAAAAACUGAGCUCACAGAAGAACAGAAACAAGAAAUUCGGGAAGCUUUUGAUCUUUUUGAUACAGAUGGAACUGGGACCAUAGAUGUUAAGGAGCUAAAGGUCGCCAUGCGAGCAUUGGGAUUUGAGCCAAAAAAGGAAGAAAUCAAGAAAAUGAUUGCUGAUAUUGAUAAAGAAGGCACUGGAAAAAUAGCUUUCAGUGAUUUUAUGUCUGCAAUGACACAGAAAAUGGCUGAAAAGGAUUCCAAAGAAGAGAUAAUGAAGGCAUUCAAGUUAUUUGAUGAUGAUGAAACAGGAAAGAUAUCAUUCAAGAACCUGAAACGGGUGGCUAAGGAGCUUGGUGAAAACCUUACAGAUGAAGAAUUGCAGGAAAUGAUUGAUGAAGCUGACCGAGAUGGAGAUGGCGAAGUCAAUGAACAAGAAUUUCUUAGAAUAAUGAAGAAGACCAGUUUAUACUGAAUUAGGCAACAUCGUCCCAAUGCAUUUCAAUGUGUCCAUUUUGUGAUCCUUUGUUUACGUGAAAAGAGACAGGUUUAAAAACAUCAAAAAGCAUAAUGUGUUUAGCACAAAUUUCUGAUUAUUUUCUAUAUUUGACUUUUAAUGGCUAAUUCUUUUUUGCCUGUAACACAGUGUUGUAGUGUGUUGGAAAAUGAGAAGUAAGCCAGUACUGGUAAUGACUAUUACAUUUAUGUUAAUUAUGGUAUUAAGUGGAGUAUGCAAUAUUUUGACACAUAGAGUACACAGGUUGCUUGCCUUUUAUGCCUUUUAUGCAACACACAGAAUUUCCAUUGUAUGGUCCUUGUAUAAACACAAUACAUCUUUUAUCUUUUGAUUUUGUGUGCUGUUGCAUAUCACCUAAGUAUAUUUAUUCAUAUGGAAUUAGUUCUGUGAGUCUGAAAUAAUUAAAUGUAUGGGUUAAUAGUAUCUUGUCGGAAAUGUGAUGAUGGCUAAUGCAAAAAAUGCUUCAAUGCACUUUUUUAUGUACUAAACUGCCUCCUUUUUCAGAUUUGCAGGGCUAUUGUAUUCAUGAACCUUACACUUCUAUACUAGCACAAGCAUAAAAGCAAAAUGCAUAAUAUUCAAAAUGCAUAGAUUCAGAGAUACAUACAAAGGCGUACUAAUGAUUUAAAACAGGCAGAUACUGAAUAAAUAGAAGAAUACAAGGUGUGUAUCAUUAAAUCUAAAUUGUCAAUUUGUUUGUUUUACAUUCUAAUUCUACUACACUAAAUAUGCUUUGAUUGUACGUGCAUAAAUAUUGGAGUUUUGUUACAGUUUUCACCCUAUAUUGAAGAAAACAUAGAAGAUAUAUAUUUCUUAAGUUCUGGAGUCUAGCGCCUUACUGCCUUUGCCUGUGUAAGGAUUGUUCUCUUUGAAGUUUGCAUGGAAAACCCUGUCUUGUGCUUAUUAUUAUUAUGGCCUGGGGUUAUGUCUGUUCUUUAAAGGGGUGGUUUACCAUUAAAGGAUUUCUUCAGUAUAAAAACUGAGUAAAUAGGCUGCGCAAAAUAAAAAAAUGACUUCAAUAUAGUUAGUUAGCCAAAAAUGUAAUGUAUAAAGGUUGGAGUGACUGGAUGUCUAACAGAACAGAACACUACUUCCUGCUUUUCAGCUCUCUUGGUUUCCACUCAGUAACCCAUUGGUGACAUGAGGGGGGGGGGGUCAGAUUGAUCAUAACUGUUUCCUUUUAAAUAUGAGCAGAAUGCUGAGGAUGCAAACUCAAUGAACAGUUAUGUCCCAUGUGGCCCCCCUUAUAGUCACUGACUAACUCAGACUUAGACAGCUGGAAGUAGUGUUCUGUUCUGUUACAAAUCCAGUCACUCCAGCCUUUAUACAUUACAUUUUUGGCUAACUAACUACAUUAGAUUUUUUUUUAUUUUGCACAGCCUAUCUAUGCACAGUGACCCCCACUAAAAACAAAUGCCUGUAAGGCUACAAAUGUAUUGCUAUGGCUAAUUAUUAUUAAUCUAUUCUAUUUUAUUGUUCAUACUUCAGCCUAUUAUUCAAAUCAAUGCAUGGUUGCUAGGGUAGUUUUGGACCCUAGCAACAAUAUUGCCAAUAUUGCAGACUGGAGAACUGCUGAAUAAAAAGCUAAAUAGCUAAAGAAAAUAAUAAUAAUAAUAAAGAUUGAAAACCAGUUGCAUAUUGUCUCUCAGAAUAUAACUCUCAACAAGGUUAUCUAAAGGUGAACAACCCCUUUAACAGUGAAAAAAAAAUGUUUUGGUGGAGGAGUGGGGCUUAAUUUCAUUCCUGCCACAUUUGGGACACUGUUGUAUAGGUAAUGUACACUGCCAAAUUAAGAUUAAAAUGUAUUUGUGCCAAACACAAUUAUAGAUGAGGAUAUGUAUUCUACUUGUUUCUAUCUGUCACUCCAGGGAAGGGAAAUUGUUUUAUGUAAUAUAUUAUGUAUUUAUAUAUAUAUAUAUAUAUAUACUGUAUAUUUAAACAUAUCUGUAUGUUUGUUUUUGUGGUGUUCAAACAGUUGCCGGUUGAAUAAACCUUUUUUGAAUAGAA